UAGUAAUGACAUUAUAAGUGAUUAUAAAUACUGAGUAUGAAGUAACGUUCAAAAAUUGUACAAUAUAGAAAUAUACAGGACAGUUCACACUGAUUCCAACGAUUAACACCGUGUUAAAACCAAGUUCACUUGAAAGCGCAACAGUAUAAACAAAUAGUUCGUAGAAUUGACACGAAAGGGCGUAAAUUUUCCCGUAAAAUACGCGGGAGUUGACAAUCCUUCUACAUUAAAAUUAAUGCAAUUGAACGAUACAAUCAUACAGUUUAUUAUUUGCUACGUUUAAAUUUAUGUGUGAAAUAUAUACAUGACAUAUGAGCUUCCUUAAUUUUUUGAUUAGAUACUAAAAUGUACCGAUUACUUACGUAAAAUUACAGUUUCUACAAAUUUAAGUGAAGUUAAUGCUUUUUGAUUACAUGAAAAAUAAUACAACAUAUUAUACCUAUAAUAUAUUGAAUGGACAUAUUAAUAGAAAACGUUCGGACUUUCUGUUGCAAGCAACUAUUUAUUUGUAAUAAUCAUGUUGAUAUUUGAUUUUUUAAAAAAAUUUUUUGGAUGGGUAGACGAAACACCUAGGAAACGUAGAGCUGUUUCGUUUAGCUUAGAGAAAGAAUUUGUAACUUCAAAAAAGCAGUGUUGCAAUCACGAAGUUAUUGACCUGGAAGACGAACCUGCUGAAAUUAAAAAUGACAGUGAUGACGAUGAUGACGUUCAAAUUAUAAUCAAACAUAAACCUAUUCCAGCUAAUCCAUUCAGUAGGGCGAAUGGUAAAUGCAAUAGAGAAAAGUCAUUUAGCUGUUGUAAGUCAUCAUUUGUUUCAUCAGCAAAACGUGAGCCGUGUUACGAUAAAUUAAAUAUGGGUUACUUUGAUAAUACAAGUGAAAGGGUACAAAACAUUAACAAGCACCACCAAUGUUUAACAUUGAAUAAAACCCAUCGUCUGAGAGAAAAAAAUCAGUAUGAAGAACUAUUACAAAAUUUUCUACCACAUAGAAUACACGUUAUGUGCGAUAAACGUGAAGAAAAUGGACAGACACAAGAACCUCCAGAAGUAAUAGAUUUAGAGAAAUUUAGUUUUUCAACUCCUUCUUCUAAAACACAACCAAUUUCUAGGAAAUAUGACAGUUCCGGAUCAUGUUGGAAUGUUUCAAGUAAAGAGAGAAAGCAAAGGAACAAAGAAAUAGUUAUUACUUUAGACAAUGAUAAACCGGACGAAGUAGCAUUUGUCCAUUCCAAUCAUGAUAAAAAACCCUCUUCUAGUAAAAGUAGUUGCACUGAAAAGUCCCCACACAAUAAAAGUAUGGAAUGUGUAGCAAAAAAUACAUUAAGAGAUCAUUUAUCAGCCAAAGCUGUAAUGAGGGAGGAUUUUGUUCCUCAAAUAACAAAACGAUACAAUGAGCGUAUAGAGCAACGCUAUAAGGAAGCAGAAGAAUUAAAAAAAAUGACAUGUAUGUUAUCUAAACAUAAUCGUUUAGCAAGAGAAGCUGCUUUAGAAGAGCAUUUAGCUAGAUCCAUGAGAUUAUGUGAAGCUGUUUUGGAUGAAAGCGAAAAGCUAGAAGAAGCAGAAUUACCUACUUUAACAGAGAAAAUGCUACAAGAAGUAAGAAAUGCUCUUAUUCCUCGACCACCUGAUGAAAUUCUUGUAGAAAACUUUGGUUUAAGAAUUACGAGAAAAGAUAUUCACACAUUAGCUGAUCUGAACUGGUUAAACGACGAAGUCAUUAAUUUUUAUAUGAAUUUAUUAAUAGCUAGAAGUGCAAAUGACAAAUACCCAAAGGUACAUGCUAUGAAUACUUUCUUUUAUCCAAAACUAAUCAAUGGUGGAUAUGCAUCCUUAAAACGUUGGACAAAAAAAGUUGAUAUUUUUGCACAGGAUCUUGUAGUUGUUCCUAUACAUUUAGGUAUUCAUUGGUGUAUGUCGAUAAUUGACUUUAGAGAUAAAACUAUUAAUUAUUACGAUAGUAUGGGUGGUAGCAAUCCAAAAUGUUUAUCCGCCUUACGACAAUAUUUGGAAAAUGAAAGCUUGGAUAAAAAGAAAAAAACAUAUGAUACCAGUAAUUGGAAAUUGGAAUCUGUUAAAAAUAUUCCAUUACAAAUGAAUGGAAGUGAUUGUGGAGUAUUUUCUUGUAUGUUUGCCGAAUAUAUUUGUGCAAAUAAAAAGAUCACAUUUACACAACAAGAUAUGCCAUAUUUUCGGAAUAAAAUGGUUUAUGAAAUAUUAAAAUCCAAGCUUUUAUAAAAAGAAACAUUUAUGUAACCAUCUAUGAAAGAUAAAUUAAGUAGUUCGCAGUAACUUCCAUAAAUCUGAAAUAUAAUUUAGCACAAAAGAGUUUAUUAUGGUGGAAAGUAUUUUAAAAAGUGUAAACUAAUAACGACAUUGAAAAGUAAUAUUUCUUUUAUUACUACCAUAAUUCCAAAAGUAAU